AUGCUCAAUACAAACCAGUCAAGCAAUCCGGUCUACGUAUCACCCGGGCAUCUGAUCUCGUUAGAGACCGCCUGUGAGAUUGUGCUGAGAAUGUCCAAGUUCCGUACACCCGAACCGACGCGACUAGCGGAUCAAAUUUCCCGGAAAAAAAUUCGUCAGAUCGACGAAAACAACACACAAAGAGCCGGUGUUCCGGGUGAUUUGUUUGAUAAUGUGAUGGAGGACGAUGACGUUGAUGACUGA